UUUCGGGCCUGCUAUGUUCUCGAUUCAGCAGAAUCUGUAGCCGGCAACUCCUUUGCAGAGGAUACGAGAGCGCAGCUCAAAAGAACCCUAUGAACUGGUCGGUCUCUGUCGUGUCCACGGCCACUUCAGACACGGAACCCACCAUUAUCGUGACCUUCGAUAACGGAAAGUAUGUCUUCAAUGCGGGAGAGAAUACGGGAAGAACCUGGACACAGAGCAGGAGGCAUUGGCGAAAGUCGAAAGGCCUAUUCGUCACUUCCGUUGGGACGCAGCAAUGUGCAGGGUUGACAGGCGUGCUCAUGUUCUUUGCGGAUGGCCUGAUGAAGGGACUCGAUGUAGUAGGGCCACAAGGUCUAACACAUUACCUAGCUUCAAUGCGCCAUCAUAUGUUUCGCUCGGGUUUCUCCGUGAAAUGCGUCGAAAUCCCCCCUGCGCCUUCGAGUUCUGCCGACACAGAGCCUGCUGCACCGGUGCCAGUAUUCAAAGAUGAGAACGUCACAGUAUACGGAAUCCCAAUAUACCCAACUCCACCUGAUGCGAUAGUCUCUACAUCGUCCGCAAAAAGAAAACGAUCGCCGUUGCCUUCCAAAAGACCGGCGAUGGCUGGCAUUCAAUAUAAGUCGCCUCUGCCUGGUGUUGACGCGCAAGAGUAUAGACGACUUACGGUGGAGAACAUGUUCCCGAGGCUCGUACAGCCUCCAGGCGGAGGUCCGCCGAAGGACCCUGAUGAACAAAAGCAAGGAAAGGGAAAGAGGCACAAACAGCAAGUUGAUGCUAAGUCGGCGAAAAUGGUUGCGGGGCCGGAACCUCCACCACCGCUCAUGGAGGUUUACAAUGAAGCUUACGCGCACAAAAACAAGUACCUCCCGCCAUUCGAGGAAUAUGGACUAGACAUGUCGAAGAAGAUGACGGCUUGCUAUGUUUUAGUCGGUCCGCGCACUCGUGGAAAAUUCGAUGCCAAAAAGGCCGAAACUCUGGGAGUGUUUAGGACUGAUCGGGCGAAGCUCAUAAAAGGCCAGACAGUGACGAUAACCAUCAAGGAUGCUGAUGGAAAUGAGAUCCAGCGCAUUGUGAAGCCGGAAGAUUGCAUCGCGCAAUCCGAGAUACCCAAAGUCAUGUUGUUGUUGGAUGUGCCCACUCCGACGCACAUUCCACAAGUCGUGGCGACUUUCACAGAAAAUCCGUUCUAUUCUCGGUUCCAUUCCAAGUCAGAAAAUGACCAGAGCGAGUACCGCGUCCAUAUCAUAUAUCAUCUCUGCGGUCCAGGUGUCCUAGAGGAUGAACGCUACAAGGCAUUCAUGCGAGGCUUCGCGAAUCAUGUCAAUCAUCAAAUUUCCUCCAGAGAGCACGGUCCGGAUCCGGUAACGUUUACAAGUGCUGCGUUCUCCCAGCUUCGCUUGCAUCAACUCGACGCAGACAUGUUCCCUCUUCCACAAUUCAGUCUCGUUGCAAGACGAGACCUAUCAUCGGUUACAGGACUGCCCGCCAAGGCGGAACUUCUGUCGCCUAACCGCAUCGUCAUGAUGAGGCCACUCACGGAUCCAUGCGACGACGAAGAGAUCGCCAAGUAUGACCUGUUUCACCCGGUAAUCACAUCCGGAAUGCCGGUGUCUCUCCCCGAAUCCAUCUCGAACGAGUUCGCGGCAGCCAAGGCCCGUGUGCAGCGGCACGUUGACGAGCGUGCUCAAGAUAAAAAGCCUGGCGACGACGUGGAAGUCAUCCCGCUUGGUACCUCCAGCGCUGUGCCAAGCAAGUAUCGCAACGUAUCCAGUACGCUCAUACGCAUACCGAAUUGGGGCAACAUCUUACUCGAUGCCGGCGAGGGUACGUGGGGCCAGCUCACGCGCAUGUUUGGCGAUGAUAUCGACAACCACACAACGGGUGCCUGGGACGUUCUACGAAAUCUGAAGUUCAUAUUCCUCAGUCAUAUGCACGGUGAUCAUCAUGUUGGCACGGCGAAACUCCUUGCUAUGCGGAAGCUCCUGAAACCGUCGCCCAAUCAGGCGCUGUUCAUAGUCGGUAACCGAAAUCAUGAAGUCUACCUUCGGGAUCAGUCUUCUUUGGAGGAUUUAGGAUUGUCGGGGCCUGGCCGCAAUGGCGUCAUUUUCAUGCAGUCAGGUUUCUUCCAUUGGUUUCCGCCAGAAGAGCGGAAGGAGUUGAUGGAGAACGAUACAUUUCAGCGUUUCGAAAUCGCUCGGAAGCUUCUCAAUUCGUCGUGGGCAGAGCCAUCACUCAAGAGUGGGAAGGAGAUGUGUCGUGCGCUAGGUCUCGAGAGCUUCCAGACCCUCAGGGUCAACCAUGGAGGCGGAUGUUAUGCAGUCAUACUCAAGCACCAGGAUGGAUGGAGUAUUGUUUACUCUGCAGACACACCUCCCGAUGCCGUGCUGGCUGCGGCCGGAGAGAACUGCAAGCUGCUUAUACAUGAGGCCACCCUGGCAGAUGGUCAGGAGGACUUGGCGUUGGCGAAGAAGCAUAGCACCUUUAGCCAGGCCCGCAAGAUUGGCGAACAAAUGAAGGCGGAGAAUCUGCUGCUGACUCAUUUCUCCGCUCGCUUUCCCAAAAUAAUGCUCGGGGACGAUGGCAAAAUCGACGAAUUGCCUCAUCCGACGCUUGCACUCGCGGUCGACCAUGUCAGGUUCGUCAUUGGAGACAUGUGGAAGCUGGGUGUAUACUCUCGUGCUGUUGAGGGCACCAUUUUUGAGACCAAUGCCGAAGAGGGCGGUGACGAGGAUGAUGAAUUGCCGUCAGGCCCGUGGUAGUACAUUACUACAGGCUCAGCUUGAAAUCUCGACGCGUAUGGCACAGAUCUGGCGGUACUAAUCGAUGCGCUCCCUGUAUCUUAGGACGUGCUCACGAUAAUCACGCUGAGGCUGUAAGCGGGAGCGGUGUAGUUGAGCGUCGAAUCCGUGAAUAUCGUGCUGGUCUCUGGGGUGAUGUAAUCCGGCGCGUCCGGAGUGUUGCUAUCAUCCGGGUUGCCCGUCAGAAGUUUCAAAGUUCCGGUGCUCGCCACCUCAAAUGGCAGCUCGAAUGUCACGUCUGCCUCGGAUGAGGCAACGUUGACAAGCUUGAUGUAGACGUUUUCAGUCGAAG